UCCCACCCACUCGACGUACCAAAGCAUAUUCGCACCCUUGUUUCUUCUCUCCCCAUUUUCGAUCCUCGUUCCCACGUUCCCACCCUCUCCUAAUCCUCCUCCUGACAGGCAUGAGCUCCCGCAACCAAGACAACUGGGUCCCCUUGCCGCCGGCCAUCAAUCCCCUCGCGGCGGUCAGACGAACCACGACAACCGUGUGCUCGAAUGCACAACACGUAGCUAUAAAUCAGGCCGCCAUCGAGCAACUGGCCAAGAUGUGGGCAACGGACGGGGGCGGCGGAGGGGCGAGCGUCGGGUGGGAGGAGUCUGGCUGGCACUACUCCGACGACGCGGCGGUUGGAGGAAACCUGACGUGCACUUACGUCUUUGUACUGGACUGCUUGAACUUCUGCUUCUGGCCGACGCCCGGGCUGGAGUACGAGCACCUGGCGUUCGGCCUCAAGGCCGCCGUGCAGCGGGACCCGCUCGCCCUCUCCGCUGACCGGCUGGCGGUGGCGACGGAGGACACGAUUCGCCAAUGGUUCUGCGGGUUCGACAUCCCGCAGAUCUCGGAGCGCGCCGCCAAGCUCCGGGAGCUGGGGUGCGUCCUCCAGGCGCACUUCGGCGGGGAGGCGGCGCUCCUGGUCGCGCGGGCGGCCCGCUCCGCGGCCCGCCUGGUGCGUCUACUCACCUGCCUCCUGCCGGGCUUCCGCGACGAGAGCCUCCACCAGGGCAGGCAGUGCUUCUUCUACAAGCGCGCGCAGAUCCUGGCGGCGGACCUGUGGGCGGCCUACGGCCGCCCACCCCCCGGCUCCGGCAGCCUAUACGCGUUCGAGGACAUCGGGGAGCUCACCAUGUUCGCGGACUACCGGGUGCCGCAAGUCCUGGCGCACCUCGGCGUCUUGGAGUACAGCCAGGCGCUGGAGACGAAGAUCGACGGGCUCGAGCGCCUGCAGCCGGGCAGCGAGGAAGAGGUGGAGAUCCGCGCGAUGUGUGUCCAGGCGGUGGAGGGUCUGAGAGCCGCGCUCGCAAGGCGAAACGUCGUUGUGACCAGCGUGGAGAUAGACUGGCGUCUGUGGCACGAGGGCGACAGGAUCAAGAAGGACAUCCAACCACAUCACCGGACGCUCACCUGUUUCUAUUGACGGCGUAACUAACUUUUGGGGCGGCGGUGGCGGCGCCGGUGGCGACCGCGGGGGGCGAAGCUGGGCGGGAAUCAUACUUACAUCGGAGGGUAACGGGAGAAAAAAGAAAUCAUGUCAGUUUCUUGACUUGCUGAGAGAGUGCCCCUUCGCGAACCGUGCGAGAGGGCGGCGGGGCUGUGUCUUGAGUGGCAAGGAUUGUUGUGGUGUGUUUAUGUCGGUGAUGUAUUGUGUGUGUGGCACGUGAAGUCUCAGCUUCUGGGACUCAUCUGUCUACAAAUACUAUCAGAGUUGUGCUGUCCUGGACUGGACGCAACGCGCCAGCCGCAGGUAGUGCGCUGAGGGAAAAGGAGGGAGGCGGGACGAGGAGAAGUCCGCGGGAGGUCUUGGUGUCGCGCGUACACAAUUCGCAAAUAUGCGCUCUUUUAGAGGAGAUUUGUCGGAUUCUUGCGGGGUUGGCAGGGCGCAGGGAACAGAUUAUGGUUGGGCCCAUCGACCGAUCGAAUUGGUCAGGGUCAAGUUUGUCUAGGGUAUCCCGAGAAUCAAAGUGGUAAAGAGGUGGUAGGUAUUUGAAUUCUUCGGUCCGUCACUGUCGGUUUCUGAUCUUGCGGAUUCUUUGUCGGUUUCUGAUCUUGCGGAGCCCUUCGGGUUGCACUGCUUGGCUCUUCGGAACGGCCGUUGGAUCCGCCUCACGUAGCAGUAGCUCAAAUGUCUUGCAUGGGUGGUUUUUUCGUUGAUUUCGGGACGGUGCAAAAGUUCCAGAGGUUAACCUACCCCCCCCCCCCACUCCGCGCUGCCCGCCGUCUCCUGACAAUACCGUAGGAGUUGAUUUUGAGCGUUUAGUAUUCUACGGCGACGAUAAAGAGACAAGGGGAAAAGGGGGCGAGGGAGAGGAGAGUCGGAACGAAUGAAAGCCCUUUCGACCUUCCCCGUGGUUAAUGACGCUCCCCCAUUUAUUUGAAUCGCGCACUUGGGGUCAUGUACGUCUCGUUCCUGUGGUCCGUGUGUGCGUGCAUGCGUGUUUUCUGAUCUAAUCUGGCACGUUCUUUCCCCCAACUUUUUGGGAGUGUUCCUUGUGUUGAGUUUGUUGUGUUUCCGCCGAAGAGACAACCUGCUGUAAAUAUGGGCAGAGGAGAGGGCUAGCUUCGUUCGGCGUGUCGUUGCGUGCGCACUUCCCUACAGAGUGCGCACGCAACGACACGCCGAACGAAGUAGAAUGUAGCACUCCACUCCCCCUCACAAGCGGAAAUCUUGAUGGCAAUCACGAAGUUCUAUUUUUCGGUUGUGUGAAAGCUGCUGUUGUGGUGCUUAUUUUUUUGUCCGCCUGGUCUGCGUGUUGCGCGCCCCGGCGCGGCGACGGUGACAAGUCUUUGUUGCGGAUGAGAGUUGGCUGUGAACCGUUGAGGUUGCGCUGUCAGUGGCGUUGAUCGAUGGCAUGCAGCUGUCCCCGAGUAGCCGAACGACAUGGUCAGUUGCCAACCAGCAGAAACAGCAGUCGCACAACUGAUGGCAACGUCUAGAAGGAUUCUAAUGCUUCGAAGUAUCCCGUAGUAUCACAUGCUUCAGCAGAAGGAGUUCUGUAUAUGAGUUGACAGACAUAUGGUGUGCCGGCCACUCACGUUCAAAAGGGGGCCGGGGGGG